AUGUCGCGCCCCGAAGACUUGCUACCGCCAGACCUCUUUUACAAUGACGUCGAAUCUCGCAAAUAUACGACAAACAGUCGUAUCAAGAACAUCCAAGCCAGCAUGACGCACCGCGCCCUCGAACUCUUGGACCUACGCUCACCCUCUCUUAUCCUCGAUCUCGGCUGCGGAAGCGGUCUUUCCGGCGAACUUCUCUCGGAGGUGGAACCAGAAGAAGGAGGACCUCACACAUGGAUCGGCAUGGAUAUCUCGGCGUCUAUGCUGGGUCAAGCGCUGGAGCGCGAUGUGGAUGGCGAUUUGAUGCUGGCGGAUAUCGGACAGGGUGUGCCGUUCCGUCCUGGUUCUUUCGAUGCUGCGAUCAGUAUCUCUGCUAUCCAGUGGCUUUGCAAUGCUGAGACUUCGGACGUCACACCUGAGGGCCGCUUGAAGCGCUUUUUCGACGGCUUGUACGCUUCUCUUCGCCGUGGUGGUCGUGCAGUUUGUCAAUUCUACCCAAAGAACAAACUGCAAAGGAACAUGAUCAGUGCGGCUGCUGUCAAAGCUGGCUUUGGCGCUGGUAUCCUAGAAGACGACCCGGGAACCAAGAGCGAGAAGCUGUACCUUGUCCUCACCGUCGGUGGUGGUGAUCUUGGAAGAGAACAGGAAGCUACAAGCAGGGAUAUCACUGGUGUUGUCAACGGCAUGACAGAUGUCGAUAUCCAGGAUGCUCGUCGCAAGAAGGCUCAAAAUUCUCGCCUCGACAAGUCAAGAAUCAAGGGAAGCAAAGGCUGGAUCAUACGCAAGAAGGACCAGAUGGAGAAGCAAGGCAAGGUCGUCAAGGCAAACUCCAAGUACACUGGCAGAAAGAGAAAGAUUGCCUUCUAG